AUGUUGAUUAUGUGUAUUCUGAUUGAAUUAUAUUCAAAAGGGUUAGCAAAAGAAUAUUCAAUUUAUUAGAAUGAUGAAUAAGUAUUAGAUAGCUUUUCUUAAUUUGGAAUAAUAUUGGGAUCAAAUAUAACCUAUGAAAGUCAAACAGAUUAACCCUGCUACAUAAUAAAUUAAAAAUUAAAGAAUAAACAGUCAGAAGAAAUCAUUCUAGUACCUUAAUAUAAGGAAGAUGUCUUUAGUAAUUUUUACAAUAAUGGAUAAUUGAAUGGAGAUAUAAAUUUUAUAGUAUAAAUAGUACAAAUUUAAACAGGUGCAAUUGUAUUAAGUAAUGAAGGAGAAUUAAUAUAUUUAAAAUUAGUAGAGAAUAAGUUCAAAUUAACUGAUUAAAAGAAGUUAUCUAUUAAUACAGAAUAAUUUCUCAAACCUAUAUAUUUGUAAUACAUCUAAAAGACUAAUGAAUUAUUGAUAUUAUUGAAUGGUGAGACAAUAAAAAUAAAAAUUGAAUUAGAAAGUGAAUAAAUUUUUGGUGAAAUUAUGAAGAUAUAUGAUGUAUUUUUAACGGAAUAGAUUAAAAGUGUAGCAUUUAUAGAAGAUUUAUUAUUUGUGGCAUCUGGUGAAUAAGGAUUACAUGUUUAUUUAGUGAGUAAGAGAGUAUUUGAAUAGAUAUAAUGUACAAUAGAAUUUAGAAAUAUCACAGAUUUAAGAGUAUUUUAGGAGAAUUCAAUUUAUUUUAUAUUUGCACUUGAUUAUGAGAAAGGUAUCAAAGUAAUAACAUUUAAUGGUAAAACAUCAUUAUUUUAUGAAAAUUAAAAAUUAACCAAUAUUCCAUUUAGAGGAGAGAUAAUAGAUUUAUAUUAGAAUGUAUUAAUGGUUGUUGAAGAGAAGGAAAAUGAAUCAAUAAUACAUGAAUUAUAAAUUUCAUAUGAAAAUAAUACAUGGAAAUUAAUACAUUAACAUACAGCAUAGAAAUAUAUUCAAGAUAUUGAAAUGACUGAAAAUUAUGCUAUUAUUAUAGGUAAAAAUGGACAUGAAAUAAUCUAUCAUUCUUUACCUUCUUAUGAUAUUAAUAUUUAGGAUAAGAUAAUUAUACCUGGAUUACAGAAACUCUUCUUUCUUAAUAAAACAGAGUCUAAUAAUAUUCAGAUGUUUGGAAUUACAAAACAUAAAUUCUUUACUACAAGAUUAUAAUUAUUUCCUCAAUUUAUUAGUUGUUUUUAUAGCAAAGAAGAAAAUGAGGUUAAAUUUACUUAUCAUUAAAACUCAACUAAAUGUCCUGGUUCAUCUUAAAAUAAGUUAUGCCAUUUCAAAUAAAAUUAUACAAUAUAAUUUGUUCAUCCUGUUCUUACUUCUGAAUAAUCAAUCUAUGUUUAUAUUGUAGGUCUAAUAAUUGUAGCAUUAUUUGUAGUGAUUUUAGGUUUAUUAAUUAAAGAAUUUAAAAGGUAUUAAUUUUUUGUUAAACUUCAUAAUUCAAAAGAUUUAUACCAUUAAUAAAGUGGGAGUUAAGCACAACCUACUCAUGAUAUUUAUGCUUUAAACUCAUUUGAUAGUCCAUUAAAAAUUAAUAAGCAUACUUAUAUACCUUCCAUUCCUGUAUAAAAUGACUAAAAGAUUGAAUGA